AUGUUUGUGUCAGCAACAUCAUCGACUGAAACAAUCGAUAAAACUAGACCACAUUAUACAAAUGAAUUUGUUUUAUUAGUUAAUGGUGGAAUAGAAGCGGCCAAACGAAUAGCAGAAAAAUAUCAGUUAAAGUUUGAAAGACAGGCAUUACCACAUGAAAAUUAUUUUGUAUUUCGGCAACUGAAUGGUGGUUCUGAUAAUAGAAUAAAACGUUCAUUAGAACCGGAAAAUGUUUUAAUCAAACAAUUAGAAAAUGAUCCAGCCGUUUUGUGGGCACAACAGCAAGAAGUGAAAAAACGUGUAAAACGAAAUGUGAUACUAUUUCAUCCGUCUGUUACUUCGUAUAAAACGUCAACAAUAUUUAACGAUCCAGAUUGGGAUAAACAAUGGUAUAUGCAUGAUACAAGUGAACAUGGCCGAAUGAUGAAUAUAUCAGGCGCAUGGAGAAUGGGUUAUACUGGAAAAAAUAUUGUUGUUACAAUCUUAGAUGAUGGCAUUGAAAAAGAUCAUCCAGAUUUAAGAGAUAAUUAUGAACCGCGUGCUAGCAUUGAUAUAAACGAUUGGGAUAAUGAUCCUCAACCUCGAUAUCUUCCCACUAAUGAUAAUAAAUUUAAAAUAGAAAGAAGUUUGUCGUUAAAUCAAAAAGAUUUUUAUUUGAUCUUUCUUGCAUUUAUGGAACGUGACGAGACAACAUUACGUGAAAUACAUGUCAUGUUAGGUACGGUAAGGCUACAAAUAAGUCUUUCUCCUGACUUUGACUUUGAACACGGAACGAGAUGUGCUGGCGAGGUUGCAGCUGCAGCAAACAAUAACAUCUGUAAUGUUGGUGUGGCAUAUAAUGCAAGAAUUGGUGGUGUGAGAAUGUUAGACGGUGAAGUGACUGAUCUUAUUGAAGCAACUGCCUUAAGUUUUCGUCAUGAUUUCAUCCACAUAUAUAGUGCGUCAUGGGGACCCGAUGAUGAUGGAAAAACAGUAGACGGACCAGCCACAUUAGCCAUGCAGGCAUUCGAGAAUGGAAUUCGUUAUGGUAGAAAUGGACUUGGUUCAAUCUAUGUAUGGGCUUCUGGAAAUGGCGGAAAAGAUGAUGAUAAUUGUAAUUGUGACGGUUACACCAAUAGUAUCUAUACGGUAUCAAUUUCGAGUGCUACAGAAAACGGCAAUAUACCAUGGUAUAGUGAAGCCUGCUCUUCAACAUUAGCUACAACUUAUAGCAGUGGUGCAUCAGACGAAAAACAAGUUGUAUCAACAGAUUUACGAAGUCAAUGUACUGAAAAUCACACAGGGACAUCAGCGUCGGCUCCAAUGGCUGCGGGUAUCAUUGCAUUGGCAUUAGAAGCAAAUCCAAAUUUAACCUGGCGUGAUGUACAACAUUUGAUAGUUGAAACAGCUAAACCAAAACAUUUAAACGCUAUUGAUUGGAAAGUGAAUGGAGUUGUUAGCCAUGCCUUUGGCUAUGGAAUGAUCGAUGCUGCAGAACUGGUAAAGUUGGCUGAGAAAUGGAGAACUGUUCCAGCACAAAGAAUAUGUCAUCAAACAAGUUCUAAUUUAACUGCUCGAUCAUUCUCAAAAGGUGAACGUGUUAUAUUACAAAUGCAUACAGGCAAUUUACAAAUUUUUUUAACAUCUCCAAUGGGUACAAAUUCAACAUUAUUAGAUUUAAGGAUGAUGGACGAAUCGUCAGAUGGAUUUUCAGACUGGCCAUUUAUGACCACUCAUAAUUGGGGUGAAAAUCCAAGAGGCAUCUGGACAUUAGAAAUUGUAAAUAUAGCUACUAGUGGUACUGUUGGAACAUUUGAAAUGUGGGAAUUAAUUCUGUAUGGAAUUAAUAAAAUGCCUAACUUAGUUGUAAUAAAUAUGUGA